GCUGGUUAAAAAUACUCAAAUUUUUCAUUUUGUACCUGCUUUGUCUGUCUUUCUUCUCUUUCUGUUUGCUCAGCCCAUCGGAAAUUCAUCAUGAUGCAACAUGCAGAGCAAACUCCUCAACCACCACCACAUGCACCCACUCCAGUGGUAGCCUAUCCUACUUCUAUCCAUACUAAUCAUCCAGCUAAUAGAGGAUCAACAUAUUCUGAAGCAAGUACACCUACGAGUGCUUCCAAUUCAGCUAGCCCUAGGUCACCCACCCCUCCCACUAAUUCAUCCGGUUCAGUGUCUAACAUGACCAUGUCCAACGACCAACUCCUCGAUCACUCUCACUUAAAACCUGGCAGCCAAGCUUCGUUGUUGUCAUAUUCACAAACCAUUAAUAUGUACAGAGAAAACGCAAAGAAAACCAACAACCCUGAUAUUCAGUGCGAUUUUGCUGUCUUCAUGGUUGAAGCCGCCAAACCCAUUGUGGAUAAUGACACUGCUCGAUGGGAGUAUUUGAACGAAGCUGAAAAACUCUUGAAGCAGCUAGCUGCGCGCGGUCACGCCGAAUCACAAUAUUAUUUAGGCAACCUCUACGCCAGUGCAUUACUUAGCCGGAAAUCAAAAAACGAAUUCGACAAGGCCUUUCCAUUGUUUGUUCAAGCUACUAAACAUCAUCAUCCUGAUGCUGCUUACAGAGCUGCGAAAUGCUAUGAAGAUGGCUUGGGGUGCAGAAAAGACAGUGCCAAGGCAGUUCAAUUCUACAGAAAAGCAUCCACGCUCAAUCAUCCUGGUGCUAUGUAUCGACUUGGUGUGGCUGAACUGAACGGCGAACUCGGUAUCAAUAAAAAUCCAAGAGAUGGUGUCAAAUGGCUCAAGAGAGCCGCAGAAGCCUCCACCGUAGAAUACCCCCAUGCGUUACAUGAGCUGGCCUUGCUUCAUGAACGCGGUAUUGACAACGUGGUGUUUGUGGAUUUGGAAUACGCCGUCACUCUGUACGCUCAAGCCGCCGAUUUAGGCUAUGCCCCUUCGGCUUUCCGAUUGGGUGAAUGCUAUGAGUAUGGCAAGCUCAACUGUCCUCAGGAUGCUGCUUUGUCCAUUCACUAUUACACCAUCGCGGCUCAACAGGGUCAUCGCGAGGCCUGCUUUGCUUUGACCGCUUGGUACUUGGUGGGUUCACCCAACGUUUUACCCCAAAGUGAUGAGCAAGCUUAUCUUUGGGCAAGACGAGCUGCAGAAAAGGAGCUGCCAAAGGCUGAAUACGCCAUUGGGUAUUUUACUGAGGUCGGCAUUGGUAUCCCAAAGAAUACCGAGGAGGCCAUGGAAUGGUACAAGAAGGCUGCCAGACAUGGGGAUAAGCGUGCUAUUCAGCGACUACAAGGCAAGGCACCUGAAAAUCCCAAAGACAAGAAGAAGCGUGGAUCACAAGCCGACGACUGUAUUUUGAUGUGAAAUGCCAUGAUAGACUUUUUUUUUUUUUUGUGUUAUACCUUCAUCCUCGUUUGUGGGGGUGGAUGCGAGCACGCACCACCCGUCUCUUCUUUUUUAUAAUUUUGGGACCCUUUGUCUGUUCUGUUCUGUUUUGAAAAACCCUCAUUCCUUUUUUACACACUCUCAUUUGCAAUUUACCCCCCUUUUUUUUGCCUACAACCGUAUCAAUAAUACCCCUCCCACUUUAUGCUUACGAAGCGAUGCAGAUCAAACGGAUAGGACCCAGGAAAU